ACGUGGUCAUAGGGAACGGCAACACAGACUAACAUGUUUUAUAAGGCAGUCACCAUCCUGGGUCUGAAUGCCGUGUCGCUGUCGAAUGGCUUCUUGUUCGGCCAAGUGGCAGGCCUCAUCAGCUCGCUGCAGAAGAACGAGGAGGGCAUAGACCUCAGCGAGGGACAAAUAUCACUGAUAGCCUCCAUCUUCAUCAUGGUGUGUCUUAUCGGUUUUGGGCUGGCUGCUUACGUCACUGACAAAAUCGGUCGAAGAUGGCCUGUUAUCAUCUUCUCCGUUCCGAUCAUCAUCCAAUGGAUCAUCUUAUAUUUCUCCUACAACAUGUUCUUUUUUAUGCUAUCAAGAAUUAUUGCUGGUAUUUCUUCAGGAGCUUUAAUAAUUUUGACUAUAUUCGUCUCUGCGGAGUACACUAACCCAAAAACCAGAGCGUUUUAUUUGAAUACGAUAACUACUGUUGCUCCAGCAAUCGGGACAUCUUUGGGCCAUUCGAUUGGUAUUGUCUUACAAUGGAGAACAGUUGCCUUGAUUGGUAUAAUACCAGCUGCAUCAGCAGUUCUCUUUCCAUUCUUCUGGGUUGAAAGUCCUCAUUGGUUGGCGUCUAAAGGAAGAUUCGAAGAGUGUGAAAUUGCGUUUCGACAGUUACAUGGCGAUAAAUUGAAUUCUGAAAGAGAAUUGCAGAUGAUUAUCAAAAUGGAGAAGACCAAACUGAAAUUGGCGAACGAAACAAGUUGUAAACCUACAUUGAAAAGGUUGUUUGCAGCGUUCAAGAGGAAAUACUUUUGGGGUUUGAUUUUGAUGAGUGUUUUCAUGCAUGCUUAUUUGGCUGCCGCUGGAAAGUUAGUUUUUAGUACGUUAGCGACUGUUAUAUUAGAAGAAAUUACAGGAACUUCUGAUGUAUUGAUGUAUACUUUAUUGGUAGAUGGCCUUAUUAUAGUUGGGUCAUGUAUGUCUUGUUAUUUAAUUAGGAAAACUUCUAUGCGUACUUUGCUGUUUACAACGGGAUUUUUUGCAAAUGCUGUAUUAGUGGUUUUAAGUGCUUGUCUGUACUUCAAAAAUGGGCAGAAUUAUUUCAACUGGAUUAACGUAGUUUUGCUUGCAUUGUAUUUUAUAUUGAUCAAUGCUGGUCCGUAUCCGUUAAUAGAGGCCAUUUUCAGUGAAAUGUUUCCUUUAGAAUUAAAAGUGUACACUUUUAGUUUAUCUGGUGUAAUACUUGUUUCAUCUUUAUUUUUAACGAUUCUGUUAUUACCUUCAAUGGUAAGUUCGAUGGGUUACCAUGGCUUGUUCUUAUUGAAUGCAUCGAUAAUGUCAAUAAGUUUAGGUUACAUAUGGUUUAGGUUACCGGAAACCAAGGGCAGGACUUUACAAGAGAUUGAGACGUAUUUUAAGACAAAUAAUUUUGAUGUCGAAGAAAUGCUGAGUACUGAACAGUCGAAGGCGUUAAUGUAAAAAACU